AUGCGUGUUGACAUUCAAAAUUUCAAAGGGGAAAGAAGGUUUGCUAAAUAUACAACAUUCAAGGUUGGAGAUGCCUUAUCUAAAUACAAAUUGACUAUUGGUGGUUUUACUGGUAACGUUCCUGAUGCAUUUGCAUCGGGAAAUCAUAACGGACAGAAAUUUACAACAUCUGAUAAUGAUAACGACCAGAAAUCUGGAAAUUGUGCAACGGAACAAAAUAGAGGUGGAGGUGGAUGGUGGUUUAGCAGAUGUGAAAUGGUUUGCUUUACUUUUCCGUAUGCAAACAAUACGAAAGGGAUCACUGGUAACGGAUUGAUUCAGUGGGAAUAUUGGAAGGGUUCUACUUAUUCAUUGAAAUAUGCGUCGAUGAUGAUACGUAGAGUUUAA